AUGGGUUGGAUCAGCAACAACGCUCGAGUAUUCGAGUGCUACAGCGGCGUUCCGCGGUCGGUCGGACUUUCGUUCCGCGCUUGCGCCGAUAUGACGCGGUCUCCUCGGCCGGGUAUCGUUUUUUCCUCUUGCAAAAGAAUCAACCGAGAAUCGCCGACGCCAAGAGAGCUCACCUGCACCGACAGAGGCACAAAUUUGCUGUCCGUCAUUCGUCAGCGAUGUCCGGUUUACAGAGCAUGUGGCGGUGGCUUUCCGGAGAAGCGAUGA